CUGGAAUCCCACUGAAUCAUGAUGCUCAAGUGUCUCAACUUCCAUCUCCAUCCCCAUCUCCACGCCUCUGCAAUCACCAGAAUUAACCCAAAACCGUCCUCUCACUCUGAAUAUCCCACCACCACCCCUCUACUUUCAACCACCAAAUUCCACACCAUCACCAAUGUACAAUCCAAUAUCCACCACCUCUCACUUAGAAGAAGCCCCAUUUUCACCACCAUGGCAUCAACCAAACGCAAUCCUAGUCCCAAUUUCGACGAAUUCGAAUUUGAAUCCGAUCCAACCCUUACCAAUGAUGAUCUCAAGCCCACAAGACCUGAUCAAAGGACAUUUUCCAAGUGGGAAAUGGCUUGUCUUUGGAUUGGACUAGUUGUGGGAGUCCCAACUUACUACUUGGCUGGCAGUCUUGUUGACCUUGGCAUGGCUUGGUGGCAAGGAAUUGCCACAGUUGUAGCUGCCAACAUAAUCCUAUUAGUCCCACUAAUCCUAACAGGCCAUCCAGGCACAAAAUAUGGUAUCUCCUUCCCUGUUUUAGCUCGAUCUUCGUUUGGUAUUCAUGGUGCUCAUAUUCCCACUCUUCUUAGAGCAUUAGUUGGUUGUGGUUGGUAUGGAAUUGAGACUUGGAUUGGUGGUGAAGCAAUCUUCAUUCUAUUACCAAAUUCAAUUAAGCAAUCCUAUAUGUCCCAAACCCUACCUUGGCUAGGCACAUCCCCAUUGGAAUUUGCUUGUUUUAUUGUGUUUUGGGUUGCCCAAUUGGCCAUUGUUUGGAAAGGAAUGGAUGGAAUCAGAGAGCUUGAGAAGUACUCAGCUCCAAUUCUCAUCACACUUACUUCCUGCCUUGUCAUUUGGGCUUAUGUUAAGGCCGGCGGUUUUAGCCACAUGCUUUCCUUGUCCUCUAGACUAACCACAAAUCAGUUUUGGUCCCUCUUUUUUCCAUCCCUAACUGCUAACAUAAGCUUUUGGGCUACCCUUGCUCUUAACAUACCGGAUUUCACUCGGUAUGCCAAGAGCCAGACUGACCAAAUCGUUGGUCAAGCCGGGCUUCCAAUCUUCAUGGGGGCAUUCACAUUUGUUGGUCUAGCUGUGACCUGCUCCACAGAAGUGAUUUUCGGGCGUGUGAUUUCGAGCCCCAUCCAACUCCUCGGGCAAAUUGGAGGGUUCACUACAAUAAUCCUAGCCAUUGUCGGUGUUAGUCUUGCCACUCUCACAACCAACAUUGCAGCCAAUGUUGUUGCCCCUGCAAAUGCUCUUGUCAAUCUGAGCCCUUCAAAGUUCACAUUCCGAAGCGGAGCCAUUGUCACAGCCUUGCUUGGGAUUGCAUUUCAACCUUGGCGGCUUCUGAAGUCGAGUGAGAGCUUUGUUUACACUUGGCUGGUUGGAUAUUCUGCUCUGUUGGGUCCAAUUGGAGGCAUAAUUCUCGCAGAUUACUAUCUUAUCCGAAACACAAACUUGAGCCUCAAGGACUUAUACUCAACGAAUGCUUUUGGGGAUUACUACUAUUCAGGUGGCUACAAUUUAGCAGCCAUGGCAGCUCUUCUUGUUGGGAUUUUGCCCGUGGUUCCGGGCUUCUUGCAGAAAGUCGGCGUUCUUGUGUCGAUAUCAGAUGUUUAUGUGAUCAUAUAUAACAAUGCCUGGUUUUUCAGCUUUUUCUCUUCUGGUUGUUUCUACUGGCUUCUGUCACGUUUGACAAGAAAGCAGGAGUCUCAACCUGCACAAGACCCCCUCUUGCGUCCUGCAAACUAAGAUAGCAAAAUUCCAUACGGUUUGUAAAGAAGGAAACUUCACUUUGUAGACAUUUUGGAUGACUUCAAAUCUGAAAUUUCUUGAAUAAUAAGCCAUCUGUAGGGUUUGCUUACCUUGAAAAAUUGUAUUAUCGAAUAUGCAUUACAGCAGCCAAAGGGGAUUUACUUGUAAUAUAAUUAUAAGAUUAUGAGUGAUGCAUUAUUGAUAUA